UCGAUUGACGCAUUUUCCGUCGAGAGAAGGUGGAGAGCGAAGCGUUAAAGCGUCCGGCGCUCUCUCCUGUCGCCUGUUCCUCGUCGUCGUUCUCCUGCUCUCGUCGAGAGUCUCUCAUUCGCGUUCGCCAACCCUCGCGCACUUCCCUCCGGCUGCAGACGUACGCGGAUGUACGGCGGAGGGACACACAUGGCACGGCGGGAGGUUCGAUUUGCGCGCGUGUCCAUCGCCGAAGAAUUUAUCACCUGCAUCACCUACCAGUGAUUCUCGUGAGCCGAGAGAUCGGCCUACGGCGACGCUCGCGAGUCGAGACAAUUCCCGCACCAGUGCUCCCGCCCGUAAAAACCGGCUGACUUUUUCGCCCCAGGCAUGGCGCAGACUUACAAUCAGAAGAGAAAUGUGUACAGCAUCGACCAGAUACUGGGCCACGGUAAGGACGAAGAUCACGCUACGUCAUCCGACGCAGCCGUUGAUGCCGGCGACACGGAGCUUGGUCACCUGAGCGAUCAUCAAAUCAACGACGGUUUGCACGAUCCUUUGAACCUGGGCGAGUCCGACCGACCGCGCAAAGUGCGCCGUUCCCGCACGACCUUCACGACCUAUCAGUUGCACGAGCUUGAGAAGGCCUUCGGAAACACGCAGUACCCGGAUGUGUUUACUCGAGAGGAGCUGGCGAUGAGGCUGGAUCUCUCGGAGGCCAGAGUGCAGGUCUGGUUUCAGAAUCGUCGUGCGAAAUGGCGCAAGAAGGAAAAGGCGUUAGGCAGAGACACUAGUUUCAUGCACGUCGAGCAAGGCGGUGUGAGCGAGUUGUCCCUUCACGCGCGCCUGCUGCAAACGGCCAGCGGCGUUCCCGGCGCCGAUCCUUCGGGACCACCGACCGGCGCGUUUCCUUGGUUCAUCCCGCCGGUGUUCCCGCCCCCAUGGCCGGCGAGCGCGCCCAAGCUGCCGCCGUUGCACGCGAUCCUGUCGCAGUACAUCGGCCUGCCGUUGCCGCAGAAUCUGGCGUCGCUCGGCACGAUGCUGCCGGUCGGCUUGAACCCAGCGGCGUCGUCCUUGAACCACGGCAACGUCAACGGCCACACCCUGGCCGGCCACGCUCUGCACGGCCACCCGCUGAAUCUCGGCGGCGUGCAGAGUUUACCGCAGAAUCUGAGCUCGAAGCACGACAAGGACGAGGACUCGGCGUCGUCCGACGACGAGAUCAGGAAGCAGAGCGCGGAGGUGCUGAGAGUGAAGGCGGAGGAGGUGCUACGCAAGGCGGACAAUUAACUGUGAGAACUCGCGGACUUUUUUGUAAAGAUCAAGGACUCCUCGCCGAUCGUCUGCGGGAUUCCUUCUCGUCCGGGGACGUUAAUCAACCGUUCGUGUACGAUACCGACGCUAAAAGGAUUUCGACGGGGUGUGAGGACAGCCACGGCUGUUUCCGCUUCGCGUCUACGAGAAUCGCGCAUGCGAAGCGCGGCCAGGGCUCCCUUGCUCGCGCCACUGCGCAAGGAUUGCGGAUUUGCAAUCCGGUGCUCUUUCGCGCGCAAGUCGACAUUGACUAGCAUUUUAAUACAUAAACAUACUCACACACACACACACACUUGCAUACAAAUACACUGUGGAUAGAAACGCGCGUAGGCGAGAUCGACACGAUCGAAGGCUCAUUUUCACGGACGGAGGUCGCCUGCGAGAUCUCCGUCGACGGAGAAUCCAACAGUAAAGGCUGCAUUUUCGCGUUCUCCUCCGGCACGCCCUGUGAAAUCUCGGUCUAGUCACGGAAUCGAGUAAGGAUAUUCGGGCAGGUAGCGGAGCGCGUUCGACACGCGCUCAGUCACUCGUCGUGGCGCACCCGUUGAAACGCCGCCAAUUCUCGACACAUUCGGUCGAUGAUCAGCGGCCGUUUUAUCGCUAAUUGGAGCUUUGCUCGAAACGCAAUGGUGAGCCAUAUCGUACGCCAAUUAUCAAUCGGUAAUUAGCCGCUGAUCGCAUACACGCGUCCUUUUGAUCUGGAGCCCACAAAGGCGAGGAGCGCGUCAAGGAUCGCGAAUAUCCUUCUGAGUCGGUUUGUUCACGCUCUCGAGUCCAUUAGCCGAUAAAGGAGCCAGUCCGAAGUACAAACGAGGCCGAUCUCGCAAUAAUGAUGACGCAGCGGAACGAUAAACAGUGCUGUGUCGAAUUUCAAAUAUCACAGUCGCGACUAGCUGGUUCUUUCUUCUCUUUUCGUUGAAAUUCUAGGGACAAAAUGUAAGCUUGUGUUGUAUUUUGCUGAUUGAGAGAAAAGAAGGUUUUCUUUUUGUCGCAAAUUGCUUGCUUCGAUUGCAAGUUUUGCGAGAGUGCAAGAGUAACUCUCACGUUGGCUAACGAGUCUUAUCAAAUAAACGAUCAAUUCGAUUCACUGUCGGGUAAAUGAUUAACAGAAGGAAAAAUUCAGUCGCUCGUUUUCUCCCUUACGACAUUCAUCGCACUCGAGCAGAACGAGUUGCGACGAGUUUCCGAAAAAAACGAAGUAUCGUACGUGCCGCGUCCGUCGACGGCGGUUAGUGGAGUUUCACGCAUUAUUUAUACGCGUAUUAAUUAUCUAGAACUAUAUAUACCGCUCGAAUCGUUACUCGACGACGACGCAACAUCAAUGUGUUUCAUCGAUGUGAAGGACGACGGACUGUGCCACGUUCGCGGGGCAAAUCAGCGCGAAUCAAUUAGGCUCGUUGUUACACCGAGCUCAGGCACGACACUGGGAUGCCGUUCGAUGUUAAACAACAGCGAUACGACGGUAAUUUCGCGUGCAUCCAGACCGUCGUGAAAGUGACAACUUUUCGUUGAACUAACAGAUUCCAGAGAAUUCGAGAGAUUUCAGUGAAUUCUUCUCGUCGAAUUGUUAACUGUCGGACAGAAGUCCCUUUUGUAUCGAUUUUAUGUGCCGAUAUAUCUUUGAGGAACGAUCGAUUUGACUCUUCCCUUUUGUAUCUUCUGAAAAUCCGUGCAAUGUCACCCCCACGAGUUAUCGUGCCGCAAUCGGCUUGAUUGAUCCCGUGAAUGCGAAGAAGUGAACGAGGGGUGCACCGACAGUGUCGUGUAGGACUUCUCUCGAAGGAUCAAGUGCCGUACAGGAUCGCCUGCGUUAUGUGUUAGGUGAAGUGUAUCGUGCGAGGCAGUUUUGUAAGAUACAUGUAUCAUACACGUAUUAGUUAUGCCAUGUAUACAUAUGUAUAUGAGAUACAAGCUACAGACUUUGU